UUUUCCUGGUCGGCAAUAUCGGGCCGUCCCGACCCGGCAGAAUGACCCCGGCCCACUGCCAGUCGGUCGCCAGCUGCUGACGAGACUCGAGCUGCAGUCAUGUUCGCGAGUUUAUCUAUCUACAUUAUCGUUCUUUUCGCCUUAGCUUUCCUAAAUCCUUUCUUGGCUGCAGGCUCUAACACAACUAGUCAUCCUUUAUAUCAUAGGUUUCGUCGUCAGUCUUCAUGUUCACAGUUACAGUACAGAUGUGCGAACGGUGACUGUAUACCAUCAUACAGUGUGUGUGAUGGAUCCAAAGAGUGUUCGGAUGGUUCAGACGAGACCAGAGCUGCUUGUACAGCCACAAAAAUCCGAUGCCCUAUGUUGGCAUUUGAAUGCGCAUAUGGAGCCUGUAUCGAUAGAGAGCAAAAAUGUGAUGGCAAAGAAGACUGCGCUGAUGGCUCAGAUGAAAUAUGUACCCAACCGUCCACAAGUUGUCCUGAAAGAACAUUUCAAUGCUCAAAUGGAGAAUGUAUCAACCAAUACUCAAUAUGUGAUGGUGUGAUAGACUGUACUGACAGAUCUGACGAAACAAGAAACUUAUGUAAAAACCUAAAGUGUGCUGCCAGCAGUUUCCAGUGUGAGUACGGAGCUUGCCUGGAGAUGUCUGCCAGGUGCAAUAACAAGCAGGAAUGUCACGAUGGAUCAGAUGAAGCUGGGUGCCCCACUCCAAAACCCAUGUCUACUGAGCAACCUCUCAAUCCUGUGAACGUAGGAAAUAGUUGCAUACUGCCACAGCAUCCUCAGAAUGGGUUCUACGUCUCAUCCCAGUGUGGGGCUGGGGACAGUCGCACUGCCUGUCGCAAUAUCCCUGGGACUCCUGUGCCCGACAAUUGGCUGCUCAAGUACACGUGUAAUGCAAACUUUGAUAUCAGUUCUACAGAAUCAAAUGAAUACUCAGUUUGUAGUAAGGGUGAAUGGAAAAAUCCACUAGACUGUAUUAAACUGUGUCCACCCCUGGAGGCAAUCAGUAUGAAAAUAGACUGUGAAUAUGAUGGGCGAGAAGUGCCCUGUACCAAACGGAUGAAGCCCAAUACCACAGCUUCCGCGAGCUGCAAGCAACACUAUCGGGAGAUUUACUUGAGACAGUAUUCCAACCUAACCUGCCUAGAGAAUGGGGACUGGAGUCACCGGCUCUUCUACUGUGCUCCAGAUUGUGGUGUUUCAAUUGGAGUAACAAUCUUGACUCCGCUUAUCUACCAUGGCUCAACAACGCAUCAGGGAGAGUUCCCCUGGUUAGUUGGUCUGUACUACAUGAACGAUGAACGCAAGUGGGAGCAGAGAUGUGGCGGAACCCUCAUUACACCUCAUAUUGUACUAACAGCUGCACAUUGUCUUGUUGAUGAAACUACUGGUUCUCUCCGUGACCCUGAAAAUAUGAACGUAGGACUUGGAAAAUAUUACAGAGAUUAUUAUAAACUAGAAAAUUAUUCAGCCAUUGUUGGUGUUAGGGAGAUUGUAGUACCUCGCUUCUACUCCGGCAGAGCAGCCUUUUUUGCACUGGACAUCGGUCUUAUUGACCUCAAGACCAGUAUCCAAGUGACAGCCUACAUCAUGCCAGCUUGUGUGGACUGGCAGGCCACCAUCACUAUCAAUACUGGGACCACAGGAUAUGUGGCAGGCUGGGGUGCAACUCAGAACGAAGCACCAAGUCCGACGGUAUUGACAACAAAUUUGACGUACUUAGACAACGGUGAAUGUAUACGAUCAGUCCGUAAUGCAUUCCAGAAACUGGUUACUCAUGACAAAUUCUGUGGUAAAAGUGUUGAGAAUGGUGGUCAGGUUGCUUCAGGUGAUAGUGGAGGAGGGCUGACCAUAGUGGAGAAAGGACUACAUUUUGUGUAUGGUGUAGUGAGCACAAAGAUUACACAGGAAACUGCGAUUUCACUCUUUACUGAUCUUUCAAACAUUGAACACCGUUCUUGGCUUGAGGAGCAAAAAAAUCGUUUUGAAAGAUUACACAUUGAAUCAUCAUAACCAAUUUUGUGUUGUAUUCUAAUUGUAGUAAUUAAGACUGUAUUACAAUUCAUGAUUAAAUUUCCUAAAUUUUUACUUCCUUGA